CAAGGUCAUCAUCUCCAUCGCAAAUACGAGCCUCAGCACUGCGCCGAAUCGGACCAUAGUUUUCCCAUAGCCUAAUUUUGCAGGCUGUUUCGAACAUUGGAUGCUUCCUGAAAACAUGGCGACUGAUUUCCCACUCGUCUUCAUACAACUUAUUUAGACAUUCCUCGUCGCUCUUUUGUUCUUGCUUCCGGUUCAAUCGUCCCGCUCAAGUCUUUGUAAUCCCUUAUUCCAUUCCGCUGGUUCUUGUUACUUCAACCGAUUUUCUUGCAACAUGUCUUCCGAGCACGAGGCUGAGAAGCUGCCUGACCAAAAGAGCCGCAGUUCCUCUGAGGACCUCGCGGAAAAAUCAGAGCCAGAAACGCCUGACGUCGAGUCUGCCGAUGAAAAGGAUGUUGCUCCCGAGCCAGCAAUCGAGUAUCCAACGGGGUUUCAGUUCUUCACCGUGAUAGCUGCACUGUUACUUAAUGUGUUUCUGGUUGCGCUCGAUCAGACCAUCGUCGCAACGGCCAUACCCAAAAUUACCGACGAGUUCAAAGGAUUAGAUCAGGUUGGCUGGUAUGCUUCUGCUUACUUCAUGACCUUUGGCGGGUUUCAAAGCACCUGGGGCAAGAUCUUCAAAUACUUUCCGCUCAAGAUCACGUUCUUGACUUCGAUUAUCCUGUUCGAAGUUGGCUCUUUAAUCUGCGGCGUGGCUCCAAAUGCAGAUACGUUGAUCGCAGGAAGAGCUAUCGCGGGGCUGGGAGCCGCAGGUAUCGCUACAGGUGCUUAUGUCAUUGUAGCUUUUGCGGUUGAGCCAAAAUCUCGUGCUACCUACAAUGGUAUGAUGGCUGCCAUGUAUGGCGUUUCUGCUAUCGCCGGGCCUCUGCUUGGAGGAGCCUUCUCAGACAAAGUCACAUGGCGGUGGUGCUUUUACAUCAACUUGCCCAUUGGUGGCCUCGUUGGGGGUCUGAUUCUCAUCUUCUUCCGUACGCCAAGCGCAGCGAAGCCCGCUGAGGCUACUCUCAAAGAGAAGGUUAUUCAAAUGGACCUUGUUGGAGCCGCUCUUGUUAUGGGCGCUCUCAUUUCCUUCAUACUGGGAAUGCAGUACGGCGGUCAAACCAAGUCCUGGAGCAGCAGCGUCGUAAUCGGACUUUUAGUCGGAUCACCGCUCAUGUGGAUUGCAUUCGUCGCCUGGGAAUUGUACAUGGGCGAUCGUGCUAUGAUUCCCUGGCGACUGUUGAAGCAGCGCUCCGUCUGGGUAGGCGGCUUGUUCCAAUUCCUUCUAGGCGGGUCUUAUUUCAUUGUGCUAUAUUAUCUUCCAAUCUAUUUCCAAAGCGUCGAUGGGACCAGCCCAAUUGGCUCAGGGGUACGGAACCUGCCCAUGAUUAUCCCAGUCGUGAUCGCUUCGAUGGUUGGCGGUAUUUUCAUCACAAAAACAGGCCGUGUCGCCAUCGUCGCCGUCUUCGGAUCGGUCCUGGCUACAAUCUGCGCCGGUCUGCUAUAUAGCAUGGACGUACACACGUCAACCGGGAAAUGGAUCGGAUAUCAGAUCAUCGGUGGCACCGGAUGGGGCAUUGCUUGGAUGUGCUCUAUGGUCAUCGUUCAGGCGUAUUCGAAGCCAGAAGACAUUUCAACAUCGACAGCCAUCAACCUCUUCCUUCAACUUCUAGGCGGUGCAUUGGGAGUAGCAGCUGCGCAAUCCGCGUUCGUCAAUAAGAUGUCCAAAACCCUUCGGCGCACAGCACCAGGCAUCAAUCCCAUGCAGGUCAUUGUCACCGGUGCGACGCAAAUUCGCAGCUCGUUCCCUCCCGAAGCCGUUCCUGGGAUCGUGGAGGCCUACAUGCAGGGCAUCAAAGUUGCCUUCAUUCUGGUCAUUGCGUUUAUGAGUCUUUCUGUGCUCGUGAGCUUGAUGCUGGACUUUAGACCACUUCCUGCCAAUCGCGAGGGCAAAGACGUCGUCAUUGCUGCUUAGACCGUGCGGAAUAGAGAACUAGAUUUCGACAUAGACAAAAUUUUGACGGAAACAGGCGUAGAGUAAUGAAUAAUCUUUUUUUAUAUACACGGAGAGGCAGUGAAUUGCUGACAAGAGUUUACACGUUGAAGAAACCUUCAACCUGAGGUCCUGCGUCUCACACGCUCGUUGUCCAGCCUAGUGCAUCACAGAUCAAAGAAAACAUCUUCACUCAAACUGCAUCGAAGUCUCCGUGCUAGUUCAAGCCGUUGCCUUCCUAUUU